UAAAUCAUAUAAACAAGAGUGUGCGACAGACAAAAACAAGACCACUAUCACAGGAGGAUCUCUAGAAACUUCUUAUCCUGUAAAGAUGAGCCGCAUUGCUGGCAUUUUGCGGCGUACCUUUGGACUAGUGCGCGAGCACGUCGGGACGGACCAUUUGGGAAAUAAAUAUUACUUUAUCCCUGAGCAGAGAGCGUGGACAGGAAAUCACAUUCGUGCCAAACGGCUGGUAGAGCCAGCCAAUCCUACAGAGCUUGAGUAUAUGGAGGGCAGCAUUCCGAUGGAGUGGGAUGCGUGGAUCCGAGGCAGACGGAAGGAGCCCCCCUCUGUUGAGGAGCUAAUGACGAAUGAGUCCCAGAGGCAGCAGAUCAAGCUGAAGGCCAAGGAAGUUGAAGAGAAAGAUCUGGCUCUACAGGCCAAAGAGUACGAGGAGGGUUUGGUGUCGACUCCUGCAAGGACUGUGGCCAAAGGCCAUGCUGCUGCCACUGACUUUGGCAAACAGGAGAUCAGUGAGGAGCCAACCAGCACUGCAACCACAUUCCAGCCUGGCUCAUGGAUGCCCACUCCCAAAAAAUAGACUGAGACUGCAGGGUAAUGUCAUUCAGACCCACAAAAAAAAAAGAUGCAGUAUAAACUUUGUGAACAUAAGUAGCUGAGAUUUGAUAUCAGAAGCUUAUCUCAGUAGGAGUGUAAUGUAUUUAAGUCAUAAACCAUAAACUGUCCUUUAAGACAUUUCAAGUCUUGUCUUCAUAAAGGAGGUGUUUAUUUCAAGGCAAUUUCACUGGACAUCAUUACAUUAUAAAAAGGUUACGACUUCCCUUGCUUUUAAAUGUACUAUACUGUAUACAUUAGACAAUAUUCAUCCUUAAUUAGAAAUUUGAAGGAUAAUAUAUUGCUGAUAUAUCUGUAAAUAAAAGGAAAUUUGAAAUUAAUUUUGUGGGGGUU